AUGAGUGAAGUCAGACCAUUUGAAUAUCUAAAAACUAGAGCUUACUCAAUACACCUCUCUCUGCCUCUGCGGACGAUAACUCGUCUCGACUUGAGUAGAAAUUCAUUUGAAAAGUUUGAAGAGAUUUGUAAUCUCACUCGCAACCUGCCAACUCUUGUGCAUCUAUCCUUGAAUGAGAAUCGUUUCACGCAUCUUCCACCAUGUAUCCAAUAUGUAGCUGUGAGGACGCUGGAACUUCGUAAAAAUUAUAUUGCAUACAUAAAUGGUACAUUUCACCGUUAUACUAGGAAUAUUGAUCUUUCGAGGAAUGCUCUACAGUCAGGUUCAGGCUUACAUGGGGACCUACUUCGCUUAAACCUUUCAUGCAAUCCUCUUGUGGAUGCUGUUUUUCCUCAUUUCAAAAUUCUGGAGCAACUCGACUUGUCCGGCACUAAAUUUUUAUUAUCACCUGACCUGAACGCAUCAAAAUUGGUUGAGUUGUAUAUGGAUCGGUCCGCUGUGGAAGUGGUGGAUUUUACUCGAUGGAAUAUUCCGAGUUUGCAGAGGUUAUCCAUGAACGAUUCUUUUUUAUUGAAAUUUAUCAAUGGUCGCCUCCCUAGAUCUACGAAAGAAUUGGCGAUAACGAAUACGCAACUUACUGCCUUCCCUCAAUCAUUUUUUGACAAGUCUUCAUUGCGGGCAUUGGACUUGACUGGGACCAAUUUCGACUGCGAUCCAUGUGUUUUCCAAUGGUCUCUGCCUAUAACCAUUUUAAUCAGAAAUCAGACUCAAUGCCCAACUAUCGCUCACCUCAACAACUGCACCCUGGGUAUAUCGCAACAUGAUUUCGAGAUAGUUCGAGCCGAGUAUGGCCAUUCACCGAUUAUAACUUGUAUUGCUUACGGAUCGCCACACCCAGCUAUUGAGUGGUGGCUAUACCGUCCUGCAACAUAUUUGGGUACAUUCGAUCCAUUAACAGCAGCACAACCUUUCUCAACCAAUAGCUGUUGUACUGUGCUUAACGGAGGUGCACUUUUGCUCCACGAUGUCAAUCGUUCUUUCAUUGAACGUUAUGUAUGUGUCGCUCGGCAGCAUUCACAGUCGGUUAACAGAAUUUUCCACUUUAGACUUGAUUACACGAGCUGGUACUCCCUCGACUUGUUCAACAGCGUGUUUUGGGGUGGGAUAGCGACAGCAGUUCUUGUUUGUUCGUUCUCUUUCUUACUUAACAUCACGUGGAUACUUACAAGAAAGAGUAUUCUAUGGUGGAUACAACGAGCGGAACGGCUGUCCCGAGUUCGAAAGAUGGUUGAAGCUAUGGAGAAGUACCGUGUGCGACAAAUGGAAGGUUUGCACGAUGUGGAGGCGCUAAGACUGUCCUACAGCUCACAAGCCGAGAGAUUCCGUGGCUAUCGUGUUGCUCAAAUGGAACAGAUGUCUUCUCAUUUGGAAAAUAUUCGAGAGAACUACAAUCAACAAAUGCAGAGAGUAAGAGAAUAUGGUUCGAGACGCGCUGAACAGCUCUGGGAAAGUUAUGAACGACAAGUGAACAGGAUGAAGGCGUUCAACUUGCAACAUCGCUUGAAGAUGAUGAGGCAGUAUAAAGUGAAGCAGAGAUACCUGAAUAAAUUGCUGGAGUCGUUCCAAGACUCCACUGCUAGUCCGGACACUCUUCGAAAACAC